AUGCACUUUGAUAAAGGUGCUGUUUGUCAUCGGGGCGCUGGGAAACCCGGCGAGGGGAAGGGGCUCGGCCCGGAGCGGGGGUCUUUGCGGGCUGCCCGGAGCGAGGUGCCUUCCCGCUGGAAGAAUGUGGCUAAGGGGACCGACGGCCCCUGCUCAGGCUCCCUCCGGAAAGGGCGGAUUGCGCUGGCUGAGCCCCGGGAGCGCGGCGUGGGAGAAGAAUUUUAUGAAGCUUCCCCCUACGAGCCGGUCACCUCUCGUCUCUCUGAUAUAUUCAGACUUGCUUCAAUUUUCUCAGGAAUGGACCCCGCCACCAACUCCAAAAGCAACCACUGCCUUGACGCGGCCAAAGCCUGCAACCUGAACGACAACUGCAAGCGCCUGCGCUCCGGCUACAUCUCCACCUGCAGCAAGGAGAUCUCGGCCACCGAGCACUGCAGCCGGAGGAAAUGCCACAAGGCUCUGCGCCAGUUCUUCGACCGCGUCCCCAGCGAGUACACCUACCGUCUCCUCUUCUGCUCCUGCAAGGACCAGGCUUGCGCCGAGCGCCGGCGGCAAACCAUCGUCCCCUCCUGCUCCUACGAGGACAAGGAGAAGCCCAACUGCCUGGAUCUGCGCAACGCGUGCCGGACGGAUCACCUCUGCCGGUCCUGCCUGGCCGAUUUCCACACCAACUGCCAAGCUUCCUUCCAGUCCCUGACGAGCUGCCCUGGGGACAACUACCAGGCGUGCCUGGGCUCCUACGCGGGGCUGAUCGGCUUUGACAUGACACCCAACUACGUGGACGCCAGCACCACCAGCAUCACCAUCUCACCCUGGUGUUCCUGCAAAGGCAGUGGCAACAUGGAGGAGGAGUGUGAGAAGUUCCUGCAAGACUUCACGGAAAACCCCUGUCUCCGAAACGCCAUCCAAGCCUUCGGCAAUGGCACCGACGUGAACCUCUCCCCCAAGAACCCCUCACCCCCCGUCACCCUGCCGCCGAAGACAGAGAAGAGCCCUGCCUUGCCCGAUGACAUCAACGACAGCAACACCAUGUACGACACGAGCGUCAUCACCACCUGCACCUCUGUCCAGGAGCACGGACCGAAGCUAAACAAGUCCAAAGAGCAGACCCUGUGCUACUCAGAGACCCAGCUGACCACGGACAUCAUGCCAGACCAGAAGACCUUCGUGGACCAGAAGGCAGGCGGCAGCCGACACUGGGCGGGCCGGACCCUGCCCGUUGUGCCCAUCCUCCUG